AUGCUGCCGCUGAUGCUUCUUGGUGCUCUAGCACCCGGCGUCAGAGCUGUUGAACCCUUGGCUAAGGCCAAUGUCACCUUUGAGCAACAAUGUUCAAAAUUCGCAAGCUCUUUGCAGAUCCCUGGCGCAGAUACCACAGCCACUGAGUACAUCCCCGCCGGAACUACGCUUCAACUACCCGGCUCGGAUCCCUCCUGCGCCCGUCCGUCCCAGAAUGUCACGGCAAAUCUCUGUCGUGUCACUGCGCGCAUCGCGACCUCGGUCCGGUCCGGGGUCAAAUUCGAGGCAUGGCUGCCCGAGAACUGGACCGGUCGAUUUCUCAGCACUGGAAAUGGCGCACUCGGUGGUUGCGUCCAGUACGAAGACCUUGACUACGCGUCCUCUCUUGGGUUUGCUGCCGUGGCUACCAACAAUGGUCACGACGGCAUGAGCGGAGCCCCUUUCAUGAACAAUCCCGGUGUCAUCGAAGACUUCGCAUACCGCGCACUAACUACUGGAGUCGUAGUCGGCAAAGAUAUCACAAAGGCCUUCUACAACAGGCCACAUACCAAGAGCUACUACCUGGGCUGCUCGACUGGUGGACGUCAAGGCUUCAAGCAAGCGCAAGCUUUCCCUCAAAAUUUCGAUGGCAUUGUAGCCGGCGCCCCUGCUUUCUCUUUCAACAACCUCACCUCAUGGAGCUGCCACUUCCUCCCCCUCACUGGCCAGCAGGGUGCUGAUACCUUCAUUCCCAUGUCUAUGUGGCCCACCAUUCACAAUGACAUCUUGGACCAGUGUGACGAACUCGACGGUGCCAAGGAUGGCUUGCUUGAGUCCCCGGAUCUUUGCGAUUACAAACCCGAAAGUCUCCUCUGCGGCGCGUCCAGCAACCAGACAGCCGGUUGCCUCACUCAGAAACAAGUCGAAACCCUUCGCGGCAUCUACUCUCCUCUGAUUGACGCAUCUGGCAGCCUGGUUUACCCGCGUAUGCAACCCGGAGCCGAGAUGACGGGUGCCCCGCAGGUCUACUUCAGCGGCCAGCCGUUCAGCGCUUCUGACUGGUUUAAGUACGCAAUCUUGAACGAUUCCAACUGGGACCCAGCUACCAUAACCUCUGAAGACUACGUCAAGGCUUCGAGCUUGAACCUCUUCAACAUUGAGACCUGGGAUGGUGACUUGUCAACAUUCCAACAGCGUGGUGGUAAAAUCCUUCAUUAUCACGGCCUCGUAGACGGGAUCAUCUCUAGUGACAACUCCCUAAGAUACUACGAGCACGUUUCACAGACAAUGUUGUGA